AUGGACAUGACCAUUAGAGGCCUUGGCUUGAAACAACACACAUCUUGGGCUGGGGGGCAGGUGGCUGUGGCUGUGCAAAAACGCGAUAUUGUGGACACCACUUUUCAUGCCUCUGGGGAAAGUCGAAAAGCGGCAUUUAGAAAGGUGCAAGCUGAGUAUAUGCUGCCUAGUAAGGACGCCUCUCACCCCUACGACCUCCGGGUCAAGGCACCUCACCUCCGGCUAGACCUCUCAUUCUGUUCAUUGGCCAGCUUUCUACUAGAAGUGCUUACUGGAGGUGUAUUGAUGGUCAGUUUCUACUUUGUGUUUGCUUUGUAUGGAAUGAUUGCUUCUCUGGGUUAUUCAACUGGUCUGAUUCAAGUGUGCAGUUCAGUUGUCUCUAUCUACUUUAGGGCAGGUCAGCUAAGGACUUGGUGGUCUGACUAUGAGUAUAAGCUUGGACUAGACAGACCAGUAAGUAAGACCAGAUUAGCAGCUUUGAACAGGCACAGCCUUGAACCAGUCAGUUUGAAGAAUACCAGUAACCCUUUGAAUGAGGCAGUAAGUCAGCCUGGAGUAGCCAGACUAGCAACUUUGAAUGAUGCAACAACUAAGCCUACACUAGUUGCUUUGAAUGGGGUAAUAAGUAAAGCCAGGAUAGUGACUUUGAAUAGUCUAACUUUGAACAAUGUGGUAAGUAAGGGUGCACUAGUGAGGUUGAACAGUGUAACCGGUAAGAAUAAGGUGAAUGUAAGUAAGCCCAGACUAGAACUGUGGACUGACCUUGCCUCUAAAGAAUGUGUAUCAAGUAAGCCUGGACUAGUAGGCAACUAUAGCCAUAGACUGCAGCAGUAG